GGGCAGCAGGGGGCGGUAAGGGUCUCUAAGUUCCAGGCGUACAAAUCAGACUUACAAACUGAGAAUUUAAAAGUUGAAAUUCUGAAGUGCAAAUUGCAGAAAGCGGUAUAUUCGAGUUUAUAUUCAUUACUGAAGUCUCUCCACAUGUAACGAACCAAUGGAGUUUCCGAAGCUUCCACCUCACGACGGAGCUGUUUUGUCUGUGGUGGACAUGCACACCGGAGGAGAACCUUUACGCAUCAUCAUAAGUGGUUAUCCAGAUGUGACUGGGGACACUGUCCUUGCCAAACGGCGUUACGCACGAGAACAUCUUGACCACCUUCGGAAAGUACUGAUGUUUGAGCCCCGUGGUCACUAUGAUAUGUAUGGGGCCUUGCUGGUCCAAAGUGAAAUAGCAGAAGCGGACAUUGGGGUUCUGUUCAUGCACAAUGAGGGCUACAGCACUAUGUGCGGCCAUGCUGUUAUUGCACUUGGGCGUUUCGCUGUAGACUACGGCCUGGUUAAGGCCCCAACUUCACCAGAGACCCAAAUAAACAUCCACUGUCCAUGUGGCUUGGUGAAGGCUUUUGUGGAGUACUCCAACGGCAAAACGGGAGCAGUGAGGUUCCAUAGUGUCCCAGCUUUUGCUUUUGCGACAGAUGUGAAAGUGACUGUUCCUGGAUAUGGUGAGGUCACAGUAGACAUAAGUUACGGGGGAGCUCUGUAUGCUUUUGUCAGUGCUGACAGGUUUGGAAUGGACGUCAGUAAGUCCAGAACUAGAGAUCUGGUGGAUGUAGCCACUGCUGUGACCAAUGCAGUCAAAUCUCAGGUGAAGUUACACCAUCCUGUUAGUGAAGAUCUAGCUUUCCUUUAUGGUACCAUCCUCACUGAUGGCAAAGAUGCCUUUUCUGAUGAGCCCACAGCCAACAUUUGUGUAUUUGCUGAUGCUCAGGUGGACAGGAGCCCCACUGGGUCAGGUGUGACUGCCCGCAUCGCUCUGCAGUACCACAAAGGUCUGAUCCAACUGCACCAGACUAGGAGCUUCAAAAGCGGAACCACAGGAGCUAUAUUUACAGGAAAAGCAGUACAGGAGACCACGUGUGGGGACUUCAAGGCAGUGGUGGUUGAGGUUGCGGGUCAUGCUUACUACAGUGGAGUGGCCAGCUUCACUCUGGAGAAUGAUGACACCCUGAAGAAUGGCUUCCUCCUCCGAUAAGUCUGCUAUGGUACUAAAGCAAACAUCUGAUGAGCUGGAGUGAAGAUCUCCAUGUCCUCCAGUAAUUUAUGCCAUUACACUGGGGAACUGCUGGGGUCCACAUGUUAUUUUAAAUCUAUAUUUCUUUUGCAGGAAAUCUGUAUGAAUAAAUUACUCUAUUAAUGAUUGUAUAUUCAACAAAUAAAGUAUUUUAACUGUA